AUGAGUUUCAAACGCUCAGCCGCACACACAAGCGGCAUAAAGAAGCGCUCCAAACCAGCCGCCUUCAAACGCUCAUCAUCCGGCACAAACCCAUACUCCUCCCUCGGCCGCAGUAAAUCCAUCCCCCGCUUGAAAUCCUCCGCCUCCACCUCUCGGCUCGAAGAAGAAGAAGACUUCCUUUCCUCUGAACGUCUUGACGAUAUCGGCCUCAUACAAGCCUUAUCCACUGAUCUCACCCUCCGCGAUGUACCCCAAGCAAUAUUAUAUAUCCGAGGCAAAAUGUGGGCUCCGAUGCCCGAGCAACGGACUGGCAUGAAUUCCGAGCGUAUAGCAGAGGUUUUGAACUUCCGCCUUGCCCUGCCGCCCCUUGUCACGGUCUCGCAUUUACAGGCUUUAUUGAACUCGGCGACGGCAGUGGAGAAGGAGAUUGCGGAGCUGGUACGGGGAGGGGCGAUUCGGAAAAUUGUUGUGGGGGGCAGGGGGAAUACGGGGGAGGUGUUGAUGUUGGUUCGGGAUUUGGAGGAGAUGGUUGGGAGGAGUGCGAUGGAGGAUAACGUCAAGGAGAAGUUUCUGGGCGUGUUGAAAGAAAAUCCUACGGCGGUGAAGUUUGAGAGGGGCAUGUUUGCGGGUGAGGAUGCGAAGGCUUUAAUGCGUGUUGGUUUCUUGACUUCGGCUACGGCUUCCUGGACGACUACGGAUGCAUUCUCUAGACCGGCAGAAGGAUCGAGAGGGACUAUGACUUCGAUUAAGAGUAUUUCAAGAGCUGCGUCGGGGUCGAUGGCUGCCGUUGGUGGGGAUGGCGCUGUUCAUGCUGCGGGGGGUAGUGGGGGAGGUGCAAAGUCACUUUCGGGGGUUGUGGAUUUCUCGUUGGCGAUUCCUACUACGGGGCCUUUCCUCAAGCUGGUUGCCAACGCUCGAGCGCAUUUCCUUUCGUUAUUGUCUAAAUCGAGAUAUCGGGAGGCACCUGAACACUUACUCCGGCAACGAUGGGAUGGCGGUAUCGCUGCAGACGAUGCUGCUAGUGAGGCGAGAAGAAAUAGGGGGGAGUUUGCAGGCGUAUCACCUGGGCGAACAAGGAAGUGGAAGCUGUUUUAUGGAGCAACAUAUGAGUGGAUACUUGGCGAAUGUGUUGGAGCUGGACUUGUUGAAGUCUUUGACACUGGGAGCGUAGGCAGGGGUGUUCGAGCAUUAUAA